AUGGGCUCCCGGCUGAGCCGGCAGAGCAGCCUAGAGGAGGAGAGCACCGAGGAAUCCAGCGCCAGCAAGCUGGAGAGCGGCCGGGGCGACUUCCACCUCUCCUCCCUGCUCCUCCACCCGCAGAAGCUGCCCGGGGUGCUGCGCAAAGCCUCGCCGGCGCCCUACGUGCGGCGGGUGGGGUGGCUGCGGGAGAUCCAGGCCACCAUCCGGGAGCACAAGCGGGACCACGCCGUGCACAUCCUCAGGCUGCUUCGGAAGGACCUGGGACUGGAAGGGACAUUCCUCAAUGAAGUGCUCUACAAAAAUGCAACUUUCCUCAACUUGGUGGAUCCCAUCUCCCAUGACUUGCUGAUGAGCCUUGCUAGAGAUUUGCAGUGUCCCAAAAAGGAGUACGACCCCUGGAAGUCCUCGGACAGGAUCUGCAGGCAGCUGAUUUACCACCUGACCCCCCACUCCAAAUGGCACCAGCACGGCGUGCCCCGCAGGAAGUCCCAGAUGUGCCUGAAGACCAGCCUUCAGAAGAAGGUGAGCCAGGGCUGCAUGGAUCUGUCGGGGAUCCCGCUGAGCUCGCAGGACGUCCACCGCAUGGCCUACUUCCUGCAGAGCAAGGGGCACCACCUCACCUCCGUGGACCUGAGCUUCACAGAGCUGAAUGACGACAUGGUGCGGCUGCUGCUGCCCUUCCUCUGGGCACUGCCCAGGCUCACCCACCUCUCCCUCAAUGGCAACCGCCUGACGCGGGCCACCAUGAAGGAGCUGACCGACGCCGUGAAGGACAUGAGCAAGUUCCCUCGCCUGGCCUGGGUGGACCUGGGCAACAACGUGGACGUCUCCUGCAUGCCGCAGCCGCUGCUGGUGGGCCUGCGCAAGCGCCUCAGCCAGCAGACCACGCUGCCAACCAUCUACGAGGCACUCGACUGCGACGCGGAGAGCGCCGGCGGGCACGAGGGCAGCCAGCCAGGGAGUGGAGCGGCGGCCAGCGCCCCGCCACGUGCUUUUCCUCAGCGGAGCUGCGAGAGGUGA